GGAGCCAGCAGGAGCCAGCAGGAGCCAGUAAGGAGCAGUAGGAGCCAGCAGGAGCCAGCAGGAACCAGCAGCAGGAGCAGCAGGAGCCAGCAGGAGCCACUGCGGGGAUGGAGGUCUCCCCGAACCGUCGCCACCUCUCACGGGAGGAAAGGUCACAAACCAUGCAAGUGGCCGAGCCAGCCGGCGAGCGGGGCGGCUGUGGACCAGUUGCCAGGCCACGUGCGUCCGGCCGGACUAGGGGAAGUCUGGCUGCCUGGUUGGCACGAUGGGAUGGCGGAAAAGAAGUGGUGCGUGCCCGCCUACUCUCCUCCAUGCUCGAGGCUCACGCUGGAGAGAGUGUGGCUGAGUUGGAAGUGGCACUGGGUCCUGGGGGAGCGAGUCUGGUCCUGGCACGCCUUGGAGCCUGGCUCCGCGUCACAUACCUGUCACGAACGUGUCUUCUCUUGCAGCUACGGGUGCUGUCCUUGUUCCUGUGUGCCUCAGGGGGGCGGCAGCUUGCGUUGGAGUUUGCAGAGUGUGGGGGCACCUCGGCGCUGUUGGAGAUCAUUGCAAAUUCCAGCAAGGGAGGCGAGGCGGAGUGUGCGGUCACGCUGGAGGUCCUUCUGGCCAUGUGCACCUCCACUGGCCGCAUGCUCAAGGAGCUGCUCUGUCAAAGCCACGGUGUGCGCGUUGUGGCGGAGUGCUUGGCGCGCAUGGAAGGUGAAGCAUCAAGAAAAGCCGCCCGCUUGCUGCUAGAGGCUCUGGCCUUUGGGAACCCCAAGUACAAAUGUCACGUGACAUACGCACUAAUUGCUCUGCUAUCCUGCCGAGCUGCACACGCCAAGCACGCCGCCCUACAAACCCUGCGCACUCUACAGCCCCUUGUGAAGAAUGCACAUCCAAUCCUGGUGAAGCCUCUUCUACAGGUGCUGUCCUCACCACACCUGGACGUUCAAUACGAGGCUAUAGCGCUGAUUACGGAGCUGAUGGAGAGCCCUCUGCAUUCAAACCUGCUGUCUGGACUGUUGGCUUUGCUAAAGCCUGGCCCUCUUGAUCAAGACCAAUCUGCACCUGCAAUACUGCAUGACCCAGCCACUCCGAGACUUCCUGAGCCACUGCCAGUGUAUGUCCAACAAGCGGCUGCAGCCAAGGCAAUCAGUGCCCUCUGUGCAGCGUCUCAGCAGUGGGCCAGUGAACUUGUUGACUUGGGUGCAGCACAUUACCUGCUGGUGGCUAUGGGGAACCAGCACUAUGUUCACAGCAGGUGGCAGGCCAUGAAGACACUGAAGAUGUUGUUGCAGGUGUGUCCCAAGAUGGAAGACCCCGUCAAAACAUCCAUGGGAGAGGCUCUGUAUGCAUCAUUUAUGCACAAUAUGGACGCGCUCAGUGUGAAUAUGGACGCUGUGCAAGCAGAUAUCCUCUCAUCCAACAAGCUGCGAUACCAACCGCUGGGUUCCUAGCCGUGCACCUCUUUUUAGUUAAUUACUACUCCAAGAACCUGCUGCUCUGAAAUGGCAAAUAAGAGACAGCUGACACGUCUCAUACCCUUCUCACUGUGACGACGUGAAAGAGAAUUCCCAUCCGCCGACAUCGCGUUUGUCCAGUGUGCGUCCGGUGGUACCGCUGGUUUUGCAUGUUUUUGAGAGUAAGAGUUGGGAUGUGUUAAAUAUGCUGAUGUUUUAUGUGCAUGAGGCGGACGCGUUUACGAGCUGGAUUUGGUUUCAAAACACGAGUUCGUCAAACAGAAUCAUCCUCGAAUAAUACCCUAAACGGUUCACCGCAGACAAGACGACAUUUUUUUCUAAAUUAAAAUCAAGUUUAAUUUAAUGAAACAAUUACAGUAGAAAGUACAUUGCUCGACUUUAUAUGUUAAAACGAAAAUAGCCUAGCAUCUGUUAAGUGUUAAAAUUGGUGGAUACAGAGAUGGCAGAAUGUGAAAAGCAUUAGCGCGUGAAUGGGGAAACCCAACUUUGUUCAAUUGCAAAUGUUGCUAUAAAUAUAAAACAAGACAACUGAAGGCGUAUUAUUGGAAUACAUCUAAAAUAUUUUAAAUGUUAUUUAUUAGACACGCAAUUCUUACAAAUUCAUCAAACAUACUUAUAACAAGGUGCCCCUGUGCUAAUUCCCAGUAAGCUGGCAGCAUUUCAGCCUAACACACACUAUUUACAAUUUUAAUACAGUAGACUCCCGAUUAUACCCGCUAAUGACGGGGAGGACGACCGCGGAUUAUUCACAAUCGCAGAUAAUCCAAACAUAUCUAUUUUCUGCGGAUCUAUGCCAAAAACCACUAAUAUACAAUUGACCGAUCGAUGCACGUGCUCCGUGAUAACACUUUGCUGCUCCAGCGCAGAAGGCUCUGCUCACGAAGCGGACAGCAGAGCCACACCAAUGAACAUCAAUCAAACUUCUGCCCACUGUUGUAAAGAUAUGCAACUACUGUACUGUAGAGGCGAUCACGUGGAUGUCGGAUUAACCGGAGCAACAUAUUUGUUCGGUUUAAGCACGUGGCUUGUAAUAAACAUUUCCAAGAAUAACAAUGUGUAACUUGGUUUUAGAUUAUUAAUUUGGGCUGAGGUGAAAAUUCACGAGUUGCUAAUUUAUGUGCACGGUUAAUCCGCGAAUCGGAAAAACCACACGGAUAAAUCGAGAGUCCACCUGUAGUUAAUGUUUUGCAUAAAAUAUUUGCAUAAAUAUUAAAAACACCACUUUCCCAAAAAUAAAGACAGGUCAGCAUUUUGCUGAUGUGUGAAGGCCACAAUGGAGAGGGAUUGCCUUUGGCCAACUCAAUGAGAAACCAGGCACCAUGCCAAAUUACGCUCGAUCCCCGUUUCUGGUACGAUACAAGCAUUGAACAUUAACAUUCGAAUAAUAGUAAUGUAAUCACGUAAUGCUCUGCCUACAUCUGCACAGGAGACGGGAACCUGGUUUCACACGAACACAUUUCCCAAUUAUAUUCCACUAAAAUAGAAAACGAAAAUUCUCAGAUUUUCCUCUUAAUAGUGGACACUGCGGGAGGCAACCAGAUGCAUCACAUGCUGCAGAGCAUGUCUGCAUGAGCAGCGAGCGAAUGAUGUACGCCCAGGGAUAGUUCUUUUUUUUUAAACAGUUGACGAGCGCAGCACCAAAGGGAUCAAAACGUCAAGCAGCCAACAACAAAUAGCGCUAUCUACGUUGUCGGUAAGAGUGAACACAUUUCUUGAACCGAGCAAGGGAAAGGUGACCGUGUUAGGGAAUUCCUGUGUGACCUGCAGUGUGGGAGGAGAGUGGGUAGACGAAUAAGUGUGUUGUUGCGACCUGCAAUGUGGUGGUUAAACACAGGACGGAUACGACACAAGAGCCUGGUCGACCCAAGUUCUCAAUGGAUAAUGGUUCACGGGAACAGUAGCCAUGGCAGCCGUGAUAAUCAGGCUAAGGAGGCGAAUGGGUUGAAGGCAUCGCUGCUUCGGUGGAUCUGACCAAGAGGACAUGGGCGAGGUAGGGGAGACGAGUGGUGUGGAUCCCUGCACCCCAAAACCAGGGUCAGAAGUGGGGGCACAGGCCCCCAGGGCUCCCACCUGGCAUGGGCCCUCAAUUUACUGUACUGCAAAGCUGAUUUUAAAAAAUGACUUGUCUUUGGUGUACUACAGACUGUUCGAAAUGUUUUUUUGUAGAAUUUAAAUAAUUUACAUAAAAUAUUCGGUUACAAAACAUUAGUCACCGCAAAGGCCAGUUUCCGUCCGCAAGGAAGGAAAAACAAUAGGAAGGUUUGAAUUCAUGCUCAACAAUUAAAAAUGUGUUUUAAGUGAUGCCUCGUUUAACGCAGGUUGCUGCUGCUAUGAGGGAAAUCCGUUCCAACGUAGACUUUUGUUAAUACAUUUGUUCUUGUCAUUAAACAACCUAGAACACAAAGUGGAUUUCAAAAAGAGGGGACAAAAACAGCAGAUAACGUGGAACAAAUUCGAGGCAAUACACCCCCCAAAAGUUUGGAUCGAUCGAGAGCGCUCCCCUCCCGCAGUCAGGGUAAUGAUCGGGAGCAGUGCAUUUAAGGGGGGGGGGGGGG